AUGGCAAGUGACUCAGGUCGAGUGAUAAUUGUCGGUGCUGGUCCAGCAGGUCUUCUCCUCGCGCUGUUGCUAGCACAAGAAGGGGUUAACGUCGACGUGGUAGAGGCACAGGGGGAAAUUGACUCAAGGCCUCGGGGUGCGGGAUAUGGGCCAGCAGCAGUGACUGUACUGCGACGUGCAGGUGUUCUGAACACCAUCAUCGACAGAGGAUUGAAGCCCGAUUCCUUUACUUGGAGAAAACUGGACGGCACAGUCAUCGGUCGACUGUCCGGCCUGAAUAGGAAGAAUGACAUUGGCGGAUUCGUUAUGUUGACGGUCUAUGACCUCGCAGUCGUUCUUUGGGAAGCACUAAACGAUUUACCGAACGCCAAAGUCCAUUGGGGCCACAAAGUGGUAUCCGUCGGUCAGGAUGAGCUCAGUGCUUGGGUCGAAUGCGAGAAUGGAGAAUCACUGAAGGGCGACUUUGUUGUUGGUUGUGAUGGUGGCGGUUCCUCCGUGCGAAAAUGUUUGUUCGGGACCGACUUUCCAGGCAAGACUUUAGAUUCCAUCAUCGUCGCCACAAAUGUCAGGUACGAUUUCGCAAAGCAUGGCUGGGAAGAUAGCAAUUGGAUCGUCGAUCCCGAACAUUGGGCUGUGGUUGCUCACAUAGAAAGAAAUGGUACCUGGCGCGUGUCUUACGGGGAGCGACCUGGUUUAUCCCACGAGGACCUGCAAAAUGGAAUGGCCGACAAACUGAGGCGUAUCCUUCCUGGUAGCCCCAGACCCGAUCAAUACAAGGUUGAACGGUUCAGUCCUUACGUCCUACAUCAAAGGUGUGUCGAGCGCAUGAGAGUUGGUCGGAUACUCCUUGCGGCGGAUGCAGCGCAUCUAAAUAAUCCUAUGGGUGGUCUGGGGCUCACUACGGGGAUCUCUGAUGUUUCUGGUUUGGCGGACUGUCUUUGUGGGAUAUUUGACGGAAAAGCUCAAGUCGAUAUACUAGACGAGUACGAUCGAAUCCGCCGCGACAUUUAUUGGAAUGUCACCAAUCAAGUCUCCACUCGCAACCUAGAACGCAUAAUGAAGACGCCCGAAGAGCUGAUCAAAUCUCAAGAUCCAUUCUUCUCAUUGCUUGACAACGCGGAGGAUCCGGAGGUUUUUGAUAAAAUCGAAAAGAAUGACAUGCAAUUGCUUGUCGAUUUCAAGCAGUUCUACAAGUCCACGACCAAUGGUCUAGCUAAUGGCGAUAUGAACCUUGUGCCAUGGGACCGAUUGGUGCGUUACGUGUCCGCAAAGACUGGCAAAGUGCGUUUGGGUGAUCCUAUCAUGAAAGGAUCCACAGAUAUUGAUCAACUCGUCGCCAAUUGUGCGUUGAAGGUUUGGGUGCUGGAAGGAGACGACUGGGUUCGCGCGGUGCGGACUGGUGAGAUUGAGGAGGUCAGAGAGAUACUCAGUCCUUUAUCUGCCACAGAGGUGCCGAUAAUACGCUGCACAGGGCUCAACUACCUCGCACACAUCGCCGAGUCAAAAAUGGAUAUACCAAAGAAUCCAACGUUGUUCAUCAAGCCUGGACAGGCCAUUGGCCAUCCUCGUGCUCCCAUACCUGUUCCUAAGCUCUCCCAAGCUAAGUGUGACUAUGAAGGAGAGUUAACCAUAGUCAUCGGCAAGGAUUGCAAAAAUGUGACUGAGAAGGAUGCUCUUGAUUUCGUGGCUGGCUAUGUUGCCGGUAACGAUGUCUCUUGCCGUGAUUGGCAACUCGAAAAGGAAAAAGCAGGCAUGAUGCCACAAUGGUGCUUUGGCAAAUCCUUUGACAAGUACGCUCCUAUUGGCCCUGCUAUCGUAAGCACGAAGGUUCUUGGGGAUGCUGGUGGACUGCGACUCACGACGCAUGUCAAUGGAGAGCUAAGACAGGAGGCUAAUACUUCUGACCUAUGUUUCGGAGUGAGAAGACUUGUGAGUUUCUUCAGUACUGGCCAGACUUUACAAGCUGGUAGUUUGAUCAUGACUGGUACGCCCGAUGGUGUUGCAGCUGUUAUGAAUCCACCGAAGUGGCUGCAGGAUGGAGACGAGGUUGUUGUGGAGAUAGAGAAUAUUGGCAAACUGAGAAACAUUAUCAAGUUCGAAUGA